UUAUUAUCAUCAAAUCAAGUCACAGGAUGCAGUCAGGCUGGAGAAACUGGAGUAAUGUCCUUCGCGUGAAAAGAAAACUGGUAUGCGCGCGCAGGGACACCAGAGGAGCGGCGCCGAUUCUCGAGCUAAAGGAGCAGAGACCUGGCGAGGCGGAAAGGCGAGUAAUGACAGAAUCCGUGGAGCAACAAAGAUAUUGGAAAAUAUCAAGGAAAAUCGAGGAAGGAAGAGUGAGAUGCCGCGCAGGACCUGGCCACUCUCCGCCAGGUGGCCGCCUCGCUGGACCACGCCGACGCCGCCCUGGCCAACCUCACUGGCCUCCUGCGCGAUGUCUUCUUUCCCAACGCCUCGUCUACCACCUCCUUGUCCACCGCCUCCUGGCCCUCUUCCACCUCCGCCUCCGCUCCGCCAACGCGAACGACGGGGUCUGAGUCGCCUGCUACAACAGGGCCCACAGCUCCUCCGCCUGCAACCACGGGAGCGCCUCCCACGCCCCCAACAACCAUGCCUCCGUCUCCAACAGCAGCUCCCAACCCGUCAACUCCAACAACAGCAACUACGGCAACUUUACCUUCAACAGUAGUAACUACAACCCCUUCACCUCCAACAACUACAACACCACCUCCAACAACAGCUACAACCUCUUCACUAACAACAAAUACAACCACUUCAACAACUACAA